GAGAGUCCCAAAUGGAGAGAGAAUUAUCAGAGUGUGUCUUCUUCUUCUCAUUCUUCUUCUUCCUGAAACUAGGGUUCAGAUUGAUUCCCAAAUCUCUGAUACUCAUCACACGAAUUUCUCUUAAUUUUUAGAUUCUCAGAAACCGUUCAGAUAGAUGCAUAGUGGAAAUUUGGAUUUUAUUUGAGUUUUGGUAACCUAAUGGUCUAGGGUUUUUAAUUUGUUCGAUGGGGAGCACUGGUGAAGCUGAUAGGAAGCGACGCCACUUCAGCUCUUUAUCCCCAACCGCUGUGGCUAAGAGUAAUUCAUCAUCUGUUUCAUCUGUGGUUCCUUGUUCUCUAGAGAAAAAGAUUGACACUGGAGUACUAGAAUACAGGAAUAAGAAGCUUUUUAGGGAGUUGGAAACACAGAAAGUUGAAUAUCAUGUUCGUCUGAAUAAAUACUCUCAGCGGAAAGAUAGACAACAAGCUUAUGAUGAUACGUUAGUUGUUGUUGAUGGUUCGUGGAAACAGUUGGUUAAUGACUUGGAAUCACAUUCCAUUCACACAAGAGGAUAUUUGAGCAAUGGACAGGUCUCAAAACAAUCCUCCACAGGUGGGGCAACUUCUUCCCCAGAUAAUACAUUUCUAUGCAGGCUCCUAGAGACCGGUGCAACUGACAGCUGCUCUGCAAACAGCUCCCCUGCUGAAAAUGUAGUCGAUAAUUGUGCUUCCAGUUUAGCAACAAGAUGCAUCAUAGAAAAUAUAGUUGCUACCAUUGACGACUUACGGAAAGUGAAGGACAGAGUUUCCUCUGCACUUUUGGAGAAACUCCCGAAAGAUGAUCCUGAUACUCGAAAGACUUCAACUGACUUGGUAAUGGAGGUUAGUAACAUAAGAGCAGCUUUUGAAAACCAUCAUUUAAAGCAUAAAUCAGUCUCACAUGAAGUUCAAAACCACCGAGACACUGACGCAAGGAAUAAAGCGGAAUUGAUACGCUUGUCUGGGGAUCUGGAGAGUACUAUCAGCGAGCUGGAAGAAAGCAACUCCCAGUUGGCAACUCUGAAAGCACAAAAAGAUGCUUCCCGAGGCUUACCUAUUCCUGUCUUAAAUUUCGGUAAUAAACAUGUUUCUGUGGAGAAGACAAGGGACAAGCAAAAAGAUAUACAGGACAUGGAGUGUACGCUAAAGGAGUUAAUGGAGUUGGCUUCAUCUCGGCUACUAGAAGUCCAGAAUCUUCAUGAGGGAAGGAUAAAAAUUCUGAAGAAAUUAUCUGGAUUGCAGAGCACUAUGAAGGAUUUGAAGUACAUCAGCGCAUCCAAACCCUACCUCCUGCUAUGUGAUCAGCUUGAGAAAUCAAGAGACGAAGUGAUCCGAUGUCGUGCCAUGUGGGAGAAACUGCAGGUGGAGAAGGACAAUUUUGUUUGGGGCGAAGCAGAUUUAACUGUGAAAGCAGAUGUCGCCGAUGUUUCUCGAAGAGCUGCUUCAGUUGCCGACUCUUGGAUACAUGAUCUUGAAAAGGAGUUGCAUAAACAGUUUGAUCAAAGAAAUCUGUUCGAGAUUAAAUUAGAAGAGGCUUCAGGAGAACGAGGUAGGAAAGAAAUAAUAUCAGAGUUUAAAGCAUUAGUAUCUUCAUUUCCAAAGAAAAUGGGCAUUAUGCAAGGUCAACUGAGUGAAUAUAAAGAGGCUGCUUUAGAGGUUCAUUCAUUGAGAGCUGAAGCUCAGUCACUGUCUAGCAUUCUUGAUAGGAAAGUAAAUGAGAUAAAUACGCUGUCUGCAAGAUCUGCUGAUCAGAAAGCUGAAAUACUUGCACUGAAAUCCGCGGUUCAUGAUCUGAAGGAUACUGUUCAAGAGUUGAAGCUAUUUCUGGAAAUGUAUAGACGUGAAUCAACUGAUUCAAGGGAUGUCGUUGAGGCUAGAGAUUUAGAAUACCAGGCAUGGGCACUAGUUCAAAGUCUGAAAUCUUCUCUUGAUGAAUAUGGCUUGGAGUUGCGUGUUAAGGAAGCAAACAAAGCUGAAGCUGUAUCACAACAACGGCUAGCUACAGCAGAAGCUAAGAUAGCUGACCUCAGACAAAAGUUCGAAGUUUCUAGAAGGGAUGCAUCCAACCUUUCUGAAGUUCUGAAAUCCAAGCAUGAAGAAGGAGAGGCUUACUUAUCGGAAAUUGAGACGAUUGGGCAGGCAUACGAGGAUAUGCAGACUCAAAACCAGCAGCUAUUGCACGAAAUUACUGAGAGAGAUGAUUAUAACAUUAAGCUUGUUUUGGAAGGUGUCAAGGGAAGACAAUUGCAGGAUACCUUGUGCUUGGAAAAACAAAACAAGGAAAAAGAGUUGCAGCAAGCCAAUGCAUCUCUGAGCUAUUAUGAACUGAAAGGAGCACGUCUAAGUGAUCAGUUGAAAUUGUGCUCAGAGCAGGUUCAGAAAAUUGGAGAAGAUAGGUGCCAGACCUCCUCCACUUUGGAAAAAAUGCAAAAAAGACUGUUAGAUGUCAGAAGAGAGUCACAACGUCUGAGGGAGUCGCUCUCAAAAUCACACUCCAAGGUCGAAAAAGUUCGAAUGACUGUUGCGGAGCUGCAAAUCGAGCUAGCCAAUGAAAGAUUCUCCAAGAAAAGGGUCGAGGAAGAGUUUGAUUCCCUUACAAGGAAGGCUGAUCGUCUUGAUGCACAUGCUCAGGGGUCUUCUAUUUUAGAAAAGCUUCAAAAAGAAGCGAAAGAGUACCGGGACAUUCUCAAGUGUGGUAUCUGCCAUGAAAGGCCAAAAGAGGUUGUCAUCACAAAAUGCUACCAUCUCUUCUGCGGCACUUGUGUCCAGAAAAUUCUUGAAACUCGGCACCGCAGGUGUACGACCUGUGCCGCUAGUUUUGGGCCUAAUGAUGUGAAGCCUGUUUACAUAUAAAUCUGUUGUAGAAAAGAAAAAGUGAUUCGUCUGUCUGGCUCAAACUGCGGUUAGGUUCCGUGUAGUUAGUUGUGGUUGAUAUAUUUCAGAAAUUUUGUAAAAUGAAAUAAAACAAUAGUUAAUCAUAGUGUGAUGCCGGCAUGCUUCUUUUGGUGCUAUAUCUUGGCUUUGUGUUCUGAUA